CUUGUUGUCAUUUUUCGCAAUUUUUGCGACAAUCCUUCUAAUUUUUUUUGUAAAUAAAAACUAGAAAUAUGUUUUCUCGUAUUUCUUACCUAAUAGUAUAAUUGCGCGAAUAAAGACGAGCAAAAUGGACGAAUUCAAGCAUAAAAUACUUUCUCUAAUUAAUAAGCAGCCACCGAAAAUUCCAUCGAUGGGCUUCAACGAUGCGAAUUAUCAUUUCUCCGAGGUCUCCACUCUAUCGAUUAACAGCAAAACGGUGCAGGAAUCGGACAGGCCUGCGGACCAAGACAUUUUGGAAAGCAUCGAAGCCGCUUACUUUUCUAUGAAUCCGGAAUUCGACAUUUGCAAAUUCGAAUUACAAAAACUACCGGAAGUUUUGGAUUGCGAUCAGAUCCAAAGGGACUUCAAGAAUUUGAAACAGCAACAUCAGGUGGUCUCGAAGAAAGUGCUGCAAUUGAUCCUCGAACACCAGACAGGCUGUAACGGGGAAUUCGAAAAGAUCACGGAGAUCUUACAGCGAGUCAGAGAGGCUCUUGAAUUGUGCAGAACGAGUAGAAGAGAAUUGAAAAUAUCCGGUAGCCAAUUCACCGAUAGCUUGGGAAUUUUAGCGAAUUAUAGGAAGAGGAAAAUAGCUCAAAAUUUGUUGAAUAACUUGACUACGAUUAAGGAUUUGCAUAGUUUCGAAAAGCGGUGUCAGAACAUGAUACUGGAGGAAGACUUUGUGGGAGCGAUAACGGAAUUAAAAAGAUGCCAGAAGACCGCUACAAGGUACAGGCAUUUUAGUUGCGUCGCUGCUUUAACUUACAAACUACAAGAAACUUUGGAAAACACCGAUUCUCAACUCGAUAGAAUAUUAGCUCAAAUAUGUUUCCAUUUCGACAAGGAACGUUACAUGAAGCUCCGAGCCGCCUACAACUUACUAGAAAAAUCUCAAUUAUCGAUGAUCGAUAAUCUGCACGUUCAUUACAUUACCGCUAUUUAUAAUUCAUCGUUUAACGUAAUUCAAUCGUAUAUAUCUCAAGCUGACGUUUUGGAAUCCACUGAGAACACCGGAAAGAAUCCUUACAUUGUUCUGUGUCAAUCGAUCGGCUCAGAUAUUUUUAUUCCAUGUCUCGUACAACUCUGCAAAGUACUGUUUAAGAUCGUUUUGAGUUAUCACCAGCUCAUUAGAUGGCAUAACGAAGAGAACGAAUUCGACAAUCAGGAAAAUAGUGCAGAUCACGAUGCCAGCAAACAAAAAUUAAAUCACAAUCUAACUAAAAUAUGGGAUGAUGUGCAGAGGAAAGUGUCGAGUUUAUUGUCGAAUGGCGAUUUAGCGCAAUAUAAAUUCGAACAGUUUGUUCAAGUCCUCAGAGUUAUACAUAGAUUAAUACAAGUCGGAGAAGAAUUUUGCAGCAGCAGAUCCGACGAUUUACAAGAAUCUAUAAGGAAGCAGAGCGAGAAUUACUUCAUGAACUAUCAUUCGCAGAGAUUGGACGAAUUGAAGAUAUUUUUGGAGAACGAAAUAUGGGAAAUUUGCCCCGUCAAAUCGUCCUUCGACAUCAUGCAACUACAGGAAUUCAAACCGCUUCGAUACACGAUGAAAACGUUCAAGUUCCACCUGCCAACCAGCCCGACCGUCGCGAAUUACUCCACCAAUUCCACGGAAUGUUGUUCUUCCACUCAUUCGCUGGACGGCAGCAGCAUAAUCGGUAAUUAUUUCAUAAGAUUCGCCGAGCACGGCACGCCCUUCGACAGCGGAUUAGACGAUACGAUCAUCGAGGAGGACAUUAUGGUGUCAGAGAACGACGGCUCCGGGUAUUUUUCGGACGAAAGCGACGAGGAUGCCGCCGAUAUCCCGGACGAAUUUCCAGAGGAUCUGAAUAACUCGAGGCAAACGCUUAAAGAGAGAAAAGACAAAAUCCACAACAGUCCAAUUUUAACCAACACCACACUAACGGUGCUGCGCCAAAUGGGAAAGUAUUUGCAAAUGUCCCGUUUGCUGAAACCCAUAGCGGAUAGAAUAAUUUCCUGCAUGAACCAAUUGUUCGAUUACUACUUAUACUCGGUGCAUUCAUUUUUCACCGUCGAUUUGAGCGUUUCGGCUACGAAUUUGUACACGCAGGAGCUGAACAGGACUUUAUCAAGAAUCUCAAAGGAACUCGUGUUGGAAAGCGCGCCGGUGGACGGGGAGACGGCGGAGAACGGUAGAGUUUUAAAGCCGGUUUUAUCGCCGGUGGUGGAUCUGAAGAAUCGCGAGAAAUUGAACGGUUUGAGCGAGAGGAUCGUGGCGGUCGAGAGUCUCGUGUUUCUGGCGAAGCAAUACGAAAUUCUGCAGGAGUAUUUGAACCAUUUGGUGCCGGCUAGUUACAAGACUGCCUUGCAACAUUUCUACGCACAAACUAUAAAUGGUACUGCGGAUUUGAGGAAUCCAGUUUACAUGUCUGUCAUCGCACAAGCUUUUGACUUGAGGCAAAUUCUAACGAGCAUGGCUAAAAUCAAUUGGGAAGUUCGUGAUGUCAGUUCGAUGCAUAAUUCCUACAUUGAUAUGCUGUUAAGGGAAGUGCAAAUAUUUACCCUGAGAUUAGAAGAAAUUGCCAUUAAAGUACCCAUUUCCGUUGAGGUUUAUCAAAGUUUGUGGGCGAACGUGGCGCAUAUUGUAACCCACACUUUAGUACAAGGAUUUGCUGAAGCGAAAAAAUGCACCAACGGCGGCAGAGCCUUAAUGCAAUUAGAUUUCACCCAGUUUCUGACGAAAUUCGAGAAAAUAUCUUCAUUAAAGCCAGUGCCUCAUAAGGAAUACGUAGAAAAUUACGUGAAAGCCUAUUAUUUACCUGACAAUGAGUUGGAAAUUUGGAUAAAAGAGCAUACGGAAUAUUCCUCCAAGCAUUUAUUCGGACUGGUCAGUUGCGCUUGCCAAAGCAACAAGAAAACUCGCCAGAAGCUCCUGCAGAUCAUUGAAGAAGUCGAAAAGAGUAAAUUUCCAAGGUAA